GCGGGCCUGCGGUCUCCGGAUUUCAGGGUAGUCGACCCCGUCACCAUCGACGAUGACCGUCUCUUCUUCGGCCUCCAGAAGCGCCAGCGUUGUCUGCGCCCUGCCCGCGUCGCGGGCCACCGGCAACGGGGCAAGCCAGAGGCUGCACUAGCCAACGGGCUUCAAGUGGCCAGGGAGGCAGGAGCAGAAGAGACGGGCGACGGGGUGAAGCGCGCGCAGGCGCGCGUGAUCUGCAGUGCGAGGCGCGCCAUUGGCCUGGAGGCCUGGGAACCAG